UCAGAAGGCGCAGAAAGCCGAUAUCAGGAAAUAGGUCAGCCGAUAACCUGCAGCAUAUCAUCGACGCAGCGCAGCGCACCAGUCAGUCAGGUGCUCUGUGUUGUGUUGUGUGUAUGUGUGUGAGACGUCUGUACCUCCCAGCGGCGCGAUGAAGACGCCAAAGGCAGGCCCCAACACAAAGCCGAAACCUUUGGCCACAACCUGACAGACAGAGACACGGACAGCACACACACAAGGGAUUCCAUUGAUCGCAAUUGUCUCCUCUGUCUCUUUCUCUCUCUCUCAUCGUGCACCUUCAUUGAGAAAAACUGCGUACAGCACAGACACAAAGAGAGAGAGAGAGAGAGAGAGAGAGAGACAGCGGUGAGAGGCCGGCCGGCGUGAAGCCCUCCUUCCAGUGGUGGGUGCUCUGACUGACCUUUGCUCUGAGGUGGGCCGAUAUCGGGUCGCUUCCCGGCAUCAGCUCCAAUAUCAUCGCCGCCACAACGGGAUCCGUCAAGGCAGCCAAGCCCACCAGAACUGCACACCCACACCCACAACCACAACCACAACCACGACCACAACCACACACAAAUGGCUGUGUACUUUACCGGGUCCUGCCUCUCUCUCUGUGUGUGGGAAUGAAUACCGUUGCCGGCGACGUACGUUGACGUCGUUCUGCAGAAUCCCAAGAGGCCCAUGGCGAGGGCCGAGCUGACGAUGGACGCCCAGAUGAGCGCCGGGGGGUCCACGACGCUCAGAAGCGUCCCUGGUCAACCGACAGCGACAUCCACACCCACACAAACGUCGAUCCCGUGCGCUUCUCAAUGUGCGCCGUGCUUCUCAAUGUGCGCCGUGCUGCCUCACCCACGAGAUUGAGAGACACAAUCUGACCCGCCGAGAUGCUCGCAACACUGGCACAUCAACCCCAGCCCCAGCCCCACACACACACAUAAAUGCCACCUACACGCUGCAGUGGUGUGGGUGGGUGGGUGGGUGGCAGUGGCUGGCUGACUCACUGACCAGAUGGGGUACCACCUGUCAGGGUUAGUGCCGAUUUCCAUCAGCACGAACGGCGCCGUGGCCUGCACCACGAAGGACGGGAUCAUGUCCAGGGUCAGAGAUAUGAAUCCCGGCAUGAGAGCCCGCCAAAACAAACCUGACAGACAGACAAAGACACACACAACACAAACAUAACAAAGGGUUUCUGUGCGGAUGCAUCGAUUCAUCAUUGGUUCGCGCCGACCAGUGCUCUGAAUUGUGACGUUGCCGGCGCCCCACCAGCUGGGGGGCUUCCUCCUCUGUCGCCCAGAAGGAGCCGCAGCCGCCUUCGCACUCGCCAUGGAUAGAUGGAUGAUCCUCCCUCCCAAAUCCUCCGUGCCGACCAAAGCACAAGGGACACCCCACGGAGAGGGAGGGAAGGGGCAACCUUGCCAGUGG